GGCCUUCUCGCCUGCAAUUUGUUUCCAGCUCUGCUUGUUAAUAUUUUCUCUUUAAAAUUUAAAUCCCUUUUUAAUAAAUAAAAAAAAUUUGGCAGGAUCUUUAGGACUAAUUGAUCCUACCACUUUUAUUCUCGUCUUAUAUAGUUAAGGUUUUCAGAAAUAAAAAAAUUUGCUAAAUUUAUCUUUUUAAACUUUUUUACUCUUUCCGUUAAUGACAAUCUUUAUGUCAGAUUCUGUUAGCCGAUUUUCCUAGAGAAAAUAGUCUCUGUUUUGGUCUUUCUGCGACUGUCUUACUUAUUAAUCUUUCUUUGAAAAAUUUAUCUCUUUAUCAGAUAAGCUUUGGAAAUUAAUUUCUUUUACCUAAUUGUUGUUUUUUACUGGGUUAUGUUAAUCUCAAGAAGACCGUGGCACUGAGAGUGUCUCAUUGAACAGAUUGAAUCUUAGCUCACUCAGGGUCAUUUGUGUUGCAAUCUUCGUUUGUUGAUGAUUUUGCAUCAUUAGGGGCCACUCUCCAACAUGAACAACCAAUAUGGUCAAGAUCAUGAUGAAGUAACUGUAGCUGGUUUCGAAGUGCCAAACUCACCUGAUUCAAGUUACAGUAACUUGCACCCUGGGAAUGAAGACGAGGCUCGUGACCCACCUCUUGUCCCUCCACAUUUGCAACAUACCUUGCUUAGCCUUCCACCGAGUGGGGACACCUCUGAAACUCUCCCUUUGCCUCAAAGUGUGAUCUUAAACCAUCUUUACAUUGAGAAUCGAGAGUCCCCACGAUCUGUAGUGGCCCUUGGGUUUACUCAUCGCUUCCGAUCCAAAUUCGUUACUGUUGUUCUAUACAAACCGGUUCCUAGAAGGGGGAGUAGCAGCACAUAACAUGCAUAUAUAAAAAAAAAAAAAAAAACCUUAUUAGGUUUUGCCCCCGCACAAUGAAAUCAAUGAAUGAACCCAAAUACGAAUUAGUUGCAAAUAAUAUUUAUUAUUUCAAAACAUCUUAUGAUCUUAGAUUUAUUUGAUGAACCUAAAAUA